AUGGCACGCCCCUCCUUGGGAAAGGUGACCAUCGUCUUUCUGCGCCUGCAAAGACUGCCGGCGCUGGCUAUACCAGCUGUCUUGACUGCACCUGCGGAUGCUGGCGGCACAACUGCCCAGCUGGCCUCUGCGAUUAUCUCUCCCUCCGUUAGCCAAUCUUUCCACAGUCCCGCGUCAACGUCCAUCUCUAUCGGCAUAACCUACCUGUCGAUCCCUUCACAAACUGCCGUCACAACAGCCAUCGUAGUCACUGACGUCGUGACAACUACGAUUGCAAUCACUCCCACGUCCACGGCUACAGUCGUCGAGACUGUGACUGCAACAACCACCGUGGCCACCACUAGCACGCCAUGGGGCAGUCGGACAGCAUGGGCGGCUCCUCCAGACAUGAAAGACUUAUCUGCAUUUAACGUCACUCACUUCCCCAGCGGGAAGCAGAAUAUCGCCAUCAUCGACAGCAUCUCUGCACUCACCAUUGUACCAGGAGGACCCGUGUAUGCACAGGAUAUAAUCGAGUCACAGAACACGAUAAAUACACCGAACAUUACUGGCUUCACCGCCGCCUUACAACUUGUUUACCCGGCAAGCUCCGUCAACCCUGCCAGCAAAUCCCCAGGUGGGGCGGAGUUUUAUGCAUCGCCAUUGAAUCUAAGCGACGCCGAGAAUGUCACAAUGGAAUACAGCGUCUAUUUUCCCGUGGAUUUCGACUGGGUAAAGGGCGGAAAGCUGCCGGGUCUGUACGGUGGUCAUACAGGCUGUUCCGGGGGCGCUGCUGCCGAAGACUGCUUCAGCACACGACUAAUGUGGAGGCAAGGCGGUGCCGGCGAACUAUAUCUAGUCCGUCGAUUCACUCAUAGUAUCAUGCAAGGGCUGACCUUUUCACAGUACGCUCCAAAGAGAAAGCAAACGAAGGCGUUAUGUUCUGAUCCACAGUCCGUCUGCGAUUCCGAGUAUGGGCUCUCAAUCGGAAGGGGAUCAUUCCACUACAGCAGAGGGAAUUGGACAACAUUGCGCCAAGACGUCGUGCUCAACACCCCUGGAAAGCAGGAUGGAGCGUUCGCUUUGUUCGUUAACGGGAUGCAGGCGAUCAACCGGACAGACAUAUUUUAUCGUGACGCACCUCAGCAGAAAAAGAAGUCGAAAUCAAAACCCAUGCCCCCGACGUCGCCAACACCACAGCAAACACAAGGUGGCCUGCUGGGAAUUCUGGCAGUGACUGCCACAGCGAAAGAAGCUGUAGCUUCUCGACCAUCCGUCAUCCAUACGGCACGAGAAGCGCCAACGAUCCUCGUCGCUGACGGGAUCUCUGUUGAUAGUACCGGUGGUUCCAACGAUGAACCAGCGGUUGGUUUUGUUGGGCUUUUCUUCAGCACUUUCUUCGGCGGGCACGGAGACGGCUGGGCCACUCCCAAACAACAAUAUACGUGGUUCAAGGACUUCGCCAUUAUGCGCAACUCUUGA